CCUGGUCACACUGGCCCCAAAUCAAUAAGAAAAUAUACAAUUUUUUAGGCAAACACUUAAAGGACACAAUGCCAAAGAAGAUGGGAAUCAACUCGAAGGCAGUGGAGGCCCGCGAGCGCAAGGAGGCCACCAAGAAGGCGACGCAGGAGAAGAAGACCAAGGAGGCGGAGGACCGCUUGUGGCGCGAUGACGACAAGAAUCUGGCGAAAAAACAGCAGCGCAAGGACGAGGAGGAGCGCAAGAGGGCCGAGGCGGCCAAACGGAAGGCGGAGGCCAAGGCGCUACUUGACCAGGAAAUGAGCUCCAUCUCCACGCAGCGCAAGCAGCCGCUAGCCAAGAUUAACCGGCAGCAGAUUCUCGAGGAGAUAGAGAAGAAGCAGCGUGUGAUGGAGGCAAUCAACGAGGCCAGCAAACCGGCGGCCACACGAGUUGUGGUCCAAAACCAUGUUGUUGAAGAGAACCUCAACCGAUCCAUGGCCGACACGGAUGUAGCCUCCAACAUAGACGAGGCGCUGGUUGUGUUAAGCGUCAACGAUAAUGAGGAAGACAAACAUCCUGAGAAACGAAUGCGCGCCGCCUACAAGACCUUUGAAGCCAACAAUCUGCCCCGCAUCAAGGCCGAGAAUCCUUCGCUCCGCAUGUCUCAGUGGAAGCAGCUGCUUAUGAAGGAAUGGAAUAAGUCCCCAGACAAUCCCUUCAACCAGGGACGCUAAAUGCGAAAAAGGACGAAUUUCACCGACCCAUCCGACGAGUGUGCGUACUCUAGUGACUGUUUGCUGCCUAGCAGCAAAAAACUUAUCAAAUGGUUCCAAAUCACCUUUCGAACUAUACGCAGAAUUUAGUUUAUACAUAAAAUUAUGGACGGAAUAAAUGUAUUUAUUUAUUUAA